AUGCCGAUUCUCUGCAUUAAUUAAUUAUAUUUCUACACUGUAAAAAACAUAAUUGGCAUCGUUGUGGACCUAUAAAAGGAUAGUACCACUUUGUCGAAUGAUAGACAAGGAUAGCAAAACCAAAGUUGAUCAAAUACUGUCAUUAUAACGUGGACCUCACUAUAGUACAUUUUUCACAAUAGAUCAAUUUUGUCAAUUGAUGACAAAUUCUGUUUGAGUUGAGACACGUUGUUACAAAGUAUAUUUAAAUGCACUUGACUUUUUGGUUGAGAAAUACCGUAUUAAAUGCAUUUCGCUCCUGAAUAGGAGAUUCAUCAACCCCUCAGGAGUAAAAUGCAUUCCAUAUUAAAAUUAAGUAUAUUUAGUGUAAUAUGUAAGUGUAAAUUAAAUAUUCACGUUGAAACUCUGCAUUUUUCGCAUCAGUGAAAUAUUAAUAAAUUGGUAAAAAAUAAAAAUAAUCGAUAGUUGAUGAGUGUAUUUAAAUAUUGGCUUUAAAACACAAUAUUUUUCUCAUCAGUGAAAUUUCAAUAGAUAAGUGGAAAAACAAAAUUCAUGAAUAAAAGUAAACCAAUAAAUUUUAAAAAUAAAAUUAAAUAGAAAAAUUGUAUCAAUAAAAAAAAUUGAAACAAAAAAAGUUGAAUAUUGUUUAAAUAACAAUGAAUGUUUUGUCUUCACUCUAGAAUCAGAGUUAGACUCAGAAGGCUAACUUUUGAAUAAAAAAAGCUAGAAAUUGCAGAAGAUUGGGCACUGAAAUUUUACAAUUUCGAAGUUGUUUCUUCAAGUCCAUAUGAUUCUACUAUCAAAAUGCAAACUUCAGUUUACUAGACUCAAACCAAACAUUCACACACUACAAGAUCAAAACACAAAGCAAAUUAAUAACAUUUAUAAUUUACAUAAAAAUCAUUGGACAUGUAGUAGGAACUUUGCUUUUGGUGGAUAUACUAGUUGACAGUUAUUGCUAUACUUGUUGACCAACACAUAAUUCAUAAUUUUAUAUGAAUAGAGGGUUUUUUGAUGAAUCAAAAUGGCUAGUGAAGAAGAUAGUGUUAAGGAAACCGAGGAAAAUGAAGAAUCUACCGCUGAUGAAAAAGAAACAAAUAAAUCUAAUAAGUCUGUAAAACAAGAAGGAAAUAAACCUGCUGCUAAACAAGAGAAGAAUAAACCCAAAGACAACAAAAAGGAAAAUGGAAAGUCUGGAAAGAAAGAUGAUGAAAAAGGUAAGAAGCAGGGUGAUACAUGGGAGGAAAAGCAAAAAGAGAAGCAAAAGGCAAGAAGAGAUGAGAUUUUUCCUUGGGGGUCAGAUCCAUGUGUGAAACUGAGAAUGGCCGGCGCGAAGGCUGAAGAAGAGAGAGAUUUAUCAAAACCAGCAGGCUCACAAUUCCCAUGGUACGAGAAACCGGUGAAGAAAGGUGGAGAUGCAAAGAAACAGGAAGAAGAAGAGAGACAGAAAGCUGCCGAAAAGGAGAAAGAAGAAAACAAGGAGAGAUUUGCCGAAAUAGAGAAACGAUUCAGAGAGAAAUUGACAGAAAUGUCGGAACGGAAUAGAAGAAAACGGAUUUAUGAGUGCAGCGGCUUCUAUCAACGUACGGGAAUACCGUUCGAAGUGAUGGAGCAAAGAAGAAAGGCAGCAAAAAAGAGGAAAAGGAGAGAAAAGGAAGAGGUAGAGGAGGAGGAGGAGGAGGAGGAGGAGGAGGAAGAGGGCGAGGAGGAAGACGAAAAAGAAUUGAAGGAUCAAGAAGAGGCAGCAAAAGAUGAAGAAGAGAAGGAGAAAGGAGAGGAUGGUGAAAAAAAGGAAAAGAAAGGUGGAAAGAAGAAAGUCAAGAGGAAAAGUGAUGAUAAGGGUGGAAAACGGAAAAAGAAAAAGAGGAAAAGUGGGGAAUGGCCGGGUAGUUAUCCGCAGCCGAUUUUUGAAGAUUUUCUAUUUUUUCUAAGGCUGAUGGCUCAAGCCGAAUUCCAAACACAGGAAUCGCAAAAGGUGGCUCUUCCUCCCAAGAAAUCACCCGACAACAGGAGGAAGGUUGUCGACGAGUUUGUCUCUUUUCUGGACGUUCUACUCACAGCCAAUCAGAUGAUGAGAGAGAAAGACGGCGAUGAUAAAGAGGAGGAUGGAGGCAAAGAGGGGGAGAAUGGCACUGAAAAGAAUAGCACAGGUCCGCCUUCACAGACCGCCUCAGACGGCGGGCAAGCCGAACAAGAAGACAUCACUACACUCGAUGCAAAUCCUCAACCAAUCCCAAUUGAAACUGAAGAAUAACAAUAAAACUCUCAACACCUCAUUAAUAUGUAUUUUAUUAAUCAUUCUUCGACUACGCCAUUAUUCAAUUUUAAAUGGGGUCGGCAUAACCGUCCAAUUGAAAAUGAAAAAUAACAAUAAAACUCUUUAACACAUUAA